AUGAUGUUCCCCGGCCUCCUCGCUCCCCCUGCGGGGUACCCCAGCCUCUUGCGCCCAACGCCCACCUUGACGCUGCCCCAGUCCUUGCAGUCGGCGUUUUCUGGCCAUUCCAGCUUCCUAGUGGAGGAUCUGAUACGCAUCAGCAGACCCCCCGCCUACCUGCCCCGCAGCGUGCCCAUGGCCAGCAUGUCACCGUCCAGACAAGCGGCCCCUGCGACCCUCACCGACACGGGGCCCUCAGACCUGGGCUCCCCUGGCCGAGGCAACCGGCGGGGCGGCGGCCCACAGACAACGGUCUCCCCAGCCAGGGAACCCACGUUUCUGAAGUUUGGGGUGAAUGCCAUCCUCUCCUCAACGCCCAGAGCAGAAACGUCGCCCGCCUUGCUCCAGAGCGUCCCUUCCAAGACCUUCACCUUCCCGUACUUUGAAGGCUCCUUCCAGCCUUUCAUCAGAUCUUCCUAUUUCCCAGCGUCCUCCAGCGUCGUGCCCAUGCCCGGGACCUUCUCGUGGCCGCUGGCCGCGCGUGGCAAGCCUCGCCGGGGCAUGCUGCGGCGCGCAGUGUUCUCGGACGUGCAGCGCAAAGCACUGGAGAAGAUGUUCCAGAAACAGAAGUACAUCAGCAAGCCGGACCGCAAGAAGCUGGCGGCCAAGUUGGGCCUGAAGGACUCGCAGGUGAAAAUCUGGUUCCAGAACCGACGAAUGAAAUGGCGGAACUGCAAGGAGCGCGAACUGCUGUCCAGCGGGGGCUGCCGCGAGCAGACCCUUCCCACCAAGCUCAACCCGCACCCGGACCUCAGCGACGUGGGCCAGAAGGGUCCUGGGGACGAGGAGGAGGACGAGGGCGCCGACAGCCCCCACCGCCGCCUGGCCUAUCGCGCGCCCCCCGACCCCCGGCUCCUGCGCGACCCCAGCCUCCAGGGGCCGCUGCCGGUGUCCCCGGCGCACUCCAGCAGCCCCGGCAAACCUUCGGACUUCUCCGACUCCGAGGACGAGGAGGAGGGCGACCAGGACGAGGAGAUCACGGUUUCUUAG